CAGGGUCCGCCGUCUAGCCUUGGCACCGCUCGCAGAGGACCCUCCCCACGCCUCGCCCACCUCCCUCCCUCGCGUAGUCUGAGCCCCGGCUUCUUUCUCAGCCAGCCACGUCCCCGAGCGGGGACGGUCGGGGAAGGCGCGCCAUGCGUUUCGCCUGGACGGUGCUCCUGCUGGGGCCGCUGCAGCUCUGUCCGCUGGUGCGCUGCGCCCCGCCUGCCGUGGACCCGCGACAGCCUGCGCGCGAGCCCGCGGCCCCCGGCGCCUGGCGCCAGACGAUCCAAUGGGAGAACAACGGGCAGGUGUUCAGCCUGCUGAGCCUGGGCGCGCAGUACCAGCCCCAGCGCCGCCGUGACCCGAGCUCCGCCACCCCGGGAUCCGACGGCGCCGCCGCCCCGCAGCCGCGCACGCCCAUCCUGUUGCUGCGCGACAACCGCACGGCUGCAGCCCGCGCGCGCACUGCCAGCCCUGCGGGGGUCACCGCCCGCCCCCGGCCGACCGCCCGCCACUGGUUCCAAGCUGGCUUCCCGCCGUCCGCGGCCCGCGAUGGAGGCUUGAGCGCAGGGAACCGGACGGCGUCGCGACGCCUCCCGCAGCUCAGUAACCUGCGGCCGCCCAUCCACGUGGACCGCAUGGUGGGCGACGACCCCUACAACCCCUACAAGUACUCGGAUGACAACCCCUAUUACAACUACUACGACACGUACGAGAGGCCCCGGCCUGGGAGCCGGUACCGGCCGGGAUACGGCACCGGUUACUUCCAGUACGGUCUCCCGGACCUGGUGCCGGACCCCUACUACAUCCAGGCAUCCACAUACGUGCAGAAGAUGUCUAUGUACAACCUGAGAUGCGCUGCUGAAGAAAACUGUCUGGCCAGUUCAGCAUACAGGGCAGAUGUCAGAGAUUAUGAUCACAGGGUGCUGCUGCGGUUUCCCCAAAGAGUGAAAAAUCAAGGAACAUCUGACUUCUUACCAAGCCGCCCUCGAUAUUCCUGGGAGUGGCACAGCUGUCAUCAACAUUACCAUAGCAUGGAUGAAUUCAGCCACUAUGACCUGCUUGAUGCCAACACACAGAGGAGAGUGGCUGAAGGCCACAAAGCAAGUUUCUGUCUCGAGGACACAUCCUGUGACUACGGCUACCACAGGCGCUUUGCGUGCACUGCGCACACACAGGGAUUGAGUCCUGGCUGUUAUGACACCUAUGCAGCAGACAUAGACUGCCAGUGGAUUGACAUCACAGAUGUACAACCUGGAAACUACAUACUAAAGGUCAGUGUAAACCCCAGCUAUCUGGUGCCUGAAUCAGACUAUAGUAACAAUGUUGUGCGCUGUGACAUUCGCUACACAGGACAUCAUGCCUAUGCCUCAGGCUGCACAAUUUCACCGUAUUAGAAUGCAAGCCAAAGUCCCAAUGGAUAAGUCAGCGCCUGGUAUUCUGAAAUAUGAACAAAUACAUUAGCUUCAGUAGGACUUGCAUAUUUUAAAAGGCGAACAGAAAACAACAAAGGAAGUUUUGUUUGGACUCUUAAACAAUGAAGCACAUAACUGGAUUUUGAACAUUUAAAUCAGCAUUAUUUGGAAAUUUAAAAAUAUUUAUUCACAUUGUGAAUUAACAGAGUUUUAAUUCUGUAUUUGCAUAUUUGACUCUUUCAAAGAACCCUAAAUUUCGUAUUUUCUUUAGAAGUUAUAGUUCAAAGGGAAAAUGAUCUUUUAAUGAAUGAGCCCUAAUUUGAACUGAUUAUUUUUUAAAGUGAAAAAAAGUGAAACAUAACAAUGAGUUUAUUAUUUUUGCCUUACCGUAGAUUAAUUUAGAAGUGAUGCUCCUACUGUUUAAAUGGAUAUGGAUACAUCUGGUGCUGAGGAAGGCUCAAAUGCAUUACUAGUGGUGUCAAGAGAUCUUACUCUAUAGCAGAGAAAUGGCAAUAUAUGUAUUCAGAUAGUUACAGCCCUAUAUAAAAUUAUGUUUACAUUUUAAAUUAGUAGGUAAUUUUCUUUCUGUUAAGCGUGUGAUUUCAUUCUGGCUUAAGACAACUUUUCUUUUAGAAUGAAUCAUAUAAUUGAACUUCCCAAUUCCUGUCUGAUAUUUGUUGAUGCUCUACUCUUAGUUUUUCUAUGGGCAGAGUUUCUAAUAUGAAAUUCUUAAAGUUAUCAUUCUGGGGAUUAAUAAGAUAGGACAACUGUGCAACUGGGGAAACCAUUCUGAUAACAAGUGUGAUAAUUACACCUAUAAAUAAAAUGCCCUGAAACAUAUUUUACUAUUAAUCAAAACUAAGUCCUUGCUGACACAAAAUAAUAUAAAUAAAUCUCCAUAGCCACAACUGUCUUUCAAAUAAAAACACUGAAAAACCUUUUUUAGAUUUUUCAACUGUACUACAUUUGAAACUGUUCAUCUGUUAGGAGGAAUGCCUAAAAAGUUCAAUCAUCCAGAACAGAUGACCUCGUAUGUGUGCAAUACAGGAACACCAUUCUAGAUUAUUCAGGAAUUGGUUGUACAAGUGUUUUGUAUAUUUCUGAAAUAUAAUCCAAAUCUGCAAAGCACGUAGCAUUACAUUCUUGAGGGUUUGGUGAAUAAGAGGAAAGAAAGUACAUUCUGCAAAACCAAGGACUGUUCUCCAUAAUAAGACGGCUGUGAUUUUAUUUUAAACUGUGAAACUAUGUGCAACAGUAGAAUUUGGAGAAUCUUUUUCUUAAAUUCAAAAGGUGCAGAAAGAAAUCAAGUUAGACUUUUAAGUUAGUGGUGCUUAAGCAGAAAUUUUCCUAUAUUAAGCAGUAUUGAAAUCUCAAGUAAGGUAUUUCCUGUGCCAGAACAUGUUAGGUAGAACUUUAUAAGUGAGUUGGAACCCUGUCUUGUGUGUCAUGGAGUUGAAAGGAUACCAUCAGUUACUAAUAAUCAUACUGCACUCACUGGUGCAUAGCAUGGUAAGAAGGGCCAGAAAUGGGAGUCACCAGGGCAGAUUGCACGGUACAAAUGAUUCUUAUCUGCCCAGCACACAUUUACCAAUAAACGAAUACAGACAGAACUUUGGUUGAGCUAGUAUCUGAGCUACAGGAUUGCUUCUUUGAUUUACCUCUUUGCCUUAAAUUGCUUUUAGUUUUAAGAGUAUAGAAUGAUCCUUUCAAAUUAUAAGCAUUCUAAUAGAGAUAUUUUAAUAUACUUGCUUUUAAAAAUAAAACAAAAACUACUGUCAGUAUUAAUACUGAGCCAGACUGGCAUCUUUAGAUUUAACAUCCCUUGUUUUGCUAAGAUUCUCUAAGAGUAGGCUAAUAAUAUGGCCCUUAGAUAUAUAAGAUAAAAAUAUAUUUACAGUCAUUUCAAUGAGGCAUUUAUCUAUUUACCCACCAUUAUUUGAGGGACAGUGUAAGCCAGACAUCCACUAGAUAUUGAAAUAUAAAAAAGACUUCUGUCACCUCACUGAAUAUGAAAAUUAGGCUGACCUUAUUUCAUUUUUAACUGCUAAACGACAUCCAUAGAAUCUCAAUUUUAAGCACUAUUUGUUAUAACCAUAUUUUAUUUUUUAAAAAGUAAGUUAAAGUUAUUAAUUAUAUACAUGUAUGUAUUUCUAAUAAUUAAAAAUAUGUUUCGGAUCCAUGGGAUGUCUGCCUUUUAAAUAUAAUGUGUACUCUUUUGUUGAUUCAAAUUUUUUCACUAGGAAACUGUUUAUUCUUCUUAUGAGCAUCCCUCUUCCGCCACCAUUCCCAAACACUUAAAAAUUGAUUUAGCACUUCAUAUUUCUCAUCCUUAGGGUUCUGUUCUCUGAAUAGUCAUCAAACUAGUGAUAAUGCUAAAAAUCACAAGCUAGUCUUAUUAAACUCUAAAAUUUUAAACUUAAGAGGUAGAAAUGACACAAAGAGCAUUGAGGACUGAGAGGAGACUUGUUUUACAUCGGUAAAGACUGUGAAAACUAGAAAAUGAAUUAGUGAGUCUCCAUCUGCUGUCUAAGCAGCCUCAUGAUCAUUCAUACUGCAGACUCAGCCCUCAGCGGGACCACAGGAGACAAAUGCACACCUAGCCUAGUUCUGGAAAAAUCUUUGUAUUUUUAUGUAAUAAUUUAAUUUACAAAUUGUAUCUAGUUAUUCAUUGGGCAUUAUUUUUAAAGCUAUUGUUUUGCUCUUUGAAGUCUGACACAAUGGUCACACUAGCAUUCUUUAUAUUCAGAUUUUAGAGGAAAUGCGGUUCACUGAAAUUUUUCUGCCACUUAAUCAUUAAUCUUCAGAAGAUUGCAUGAAAAUAUUGAAUUCUUGGUUGGGAAAUGUUUUCAAAAUAACUUGUUUUGGGUCUAAUAAUAUACUUGGUAAUAAAAUAUACUUUCUGUGUUUUCUUAAAUUCCUAUGCACAAUAUAAUAAAUUGACAAUUAAGAUUUCAUUCCCAGCUACUCCAAGUCCUAGGCCACUUUUGAAUACAGAUUUCAUUUCUCCUUCGUGCUUAAAUGGUGCUGAAUUAUUUAACUUGAAUGUAAAAUGCAUUAAGUCUUAGCUCAUGGGUUACAAACAAUACACAGCUGCUUGUUGCACAGUAAGUGACAUGUCAUUUGGUAUUAUAAUGUUUAUAAUGAACUUUCAGUUUCUCUCAAUUUUUUUCUGAAGUUAUUUGUAAAAAAAUAAAAAUUUUACCUGCUU